CUCACAUCGUCUCUCUCUCCCACUCCCCCCUACUACGUUUUUCUCUCUGGCUUUUCCACUCCAGCAAGUCUGUUACAGUAGGCCAGCCGUCUCCUAUCUCCUUCCAAGAGAUUGAUCUAUACUUUUUAAUUCUUUAAAUCACUUGGAGUUUACAGGACAAAAGAAAGGUUGGAUGAUAAACACUCUCUCUCCUCAGAGACCAGCUGUCACAGCAAGCACUUAAAAGGCCGGCCCUUAGCCACGUACCUCUGGGCGAAAUGGAUACGUUUUUCCGGCGGCACUUUAAGAGGAAAGAGGCCACAGCUGCUUGUGGGACCGCCCCCGAGUACUGCAGGCACAGACGUACCAGUGUGGCAGUGCCAACCAGCAAAGCCAGGAGACGCUCCAGCGCGGGGCUGCCCUCGGCCGUGCUGACUCAGAGGCGCCGCUCUAGUGUUCAGAUGCAGGGACUUCCUGUGGGACCAGCCGCUCGCUGCCCGGGAGGAAGCAGGCUGGUGAAGUCGCAGCAGGCACGGCGCCGGUCCAGCACCACCACGCCGUGCCUCAACCCGCGCUUCGCCGUGCGCAGGAGACGUGGGGGGAAGCUGCGCACCAUAGACACCCACCUCCUGGGGCCCUCCAUGCUGCUGGCCAGCCUGAUCCAGAUGACGGAGGAGGAGGAGGAUGGGUCCCUGCAGCCCGGGGAACGCCAGCUCGCGAUGCGGCGGGAGGGGAAGAAGAAAGCCCCGUCCUGCUCGGACUCGGAAGGCGACAGCCCCUGCACCAGCGGCUGUGAAUCGGAGGAGGAGGAGGAGGAGGAGGAGGAGGAAGAUGAUGAGGAAGACGGUGCUUGCUGCUCGGACCGAGAGGACUGGAGCGAAAUCUCGGUUUCCGACCGGGAGUUCGAAGACACGGCACUCCCAAGCCCGCAGGACCUGGAAAUGUGUCGUGGCCUGGAGGUGGAGAACAUCAACGCCAAGCCCCUCAUCAGGGCCCCUCGGUGCCUUCGGAGGAACUCCUCCCACCUGCUGCCGGCUGAGGCUGUGUUUUACGGCAAGAGCUCUUACGGACUCUACGGGAAAUAUAGGAGAACUAGCCAGCGGCGCCGGUCCAGUGGUUCCUUGAACGCUGGCGGCAGCCGCAGAAUUUCCACCAUCUCCAAGGCUGGGAGCCCCUGGCCGGGGCGGGGGGUACCCUUACCCAACAGACGCUCUUCGGUGGCGACCCGGAGAGCCUCGGUAUCCCUGUACAGGACCUGCUCCCCCUGCUGGAGGCCCAACGGGCGGAGGAGCUCCCUCAGCCCACUGCAGGGGAUGUAUUACGACCCCCAGCUCGAAACUUGGAGUGGGUUUCUCUCGAAAGCGAUCGCGAAAUCGGGACUCCAGCAUCUCGUGGCUCAGCCGGGGGCCUCGGCCGCAGUGAAGGGCGACCCGGACAGGGAGAUCCGCAGCACGGUGGACUGGAAUGAGAAUGCCCUGUAUGGGGAGCACAUCUGGUUUGAGACUAAUGUCUCAGGAGACUUCUGUUAUGUUGGAGAGCAGCACUGCAUUGCUAAAGCACUGCAGAAAUCUGUACCUCGGAAAAAAUGUGCUGCCUGCAAGAUAGUGGUCCACACUCCCUGCAUUGAACAGCUCGAAAAACUCUCCUCCCAAGAUGAUAUGUCACCAAUAGGCAGUCUCCCUGACCAGGACACUGCCAAAGGCUCUUGUUUUAGAAUAAAUUUUAGGUGUAAACCAUCGUUUAGGGAAUCUGGAUCAAGGAAUGUGCGAGAGCCAACACAUGGCCGAAGAUUUCAUAAAAAGCCCAGGCCCCUUCUGGGCCUCAUAUUGAUGGCUAACCGCAUGGCGACCGCUUGUAUGACACAGAAUAAGCCCACGAUUGUUCGGCACCACUGGGUUCACCGGAGGAGACAGGAAGGGAAGUGCCGGCAGUGUGGAAAGGGUUUCCAGCAGAAGUUUGCCUUUCAUAGUAAAGAAAUUGUUGCCAUCAGCUGUUCCUGGUGCAAACAAGCAUAUCACAACAAGGUGACGUGUUUCAUGCUGCAGCAGAUUGAGGAGGCCUGCUCUCUCGGGGCUCACGCUGCCGUCAUCGUCCCCCCAACCUGGAUCAUCCGUGUCCGGCGACCCCAGACGUCACUAAAGUCAAGUAAGAAGAAGAAGCGCACAUCCUUCAAACGCAAGUCCAGCAAGAAGGGAGCAGAGGAGACCCGGUGGAAGCCAUUCAUAGUGAAGCCGAUUCCUUCACAGUUGAUGAAGCCUCUUCUGGUGUUUGUGAAUCCUAAAAGUGGCGGAAAUCAGGGAGCUAAGAUAAUCCAGUCCUUCAUGUGGUACCUCAACCCACGCCAAGUGUUUGACCUCAGCCAGGGAGGACCUAAAGAAGGGUUAGAAAUGUACCGCAAAGUCCACAAUUUGCGAAUUCUGGCCUGUGGUGGUGAUGGCACUGUUGGCUGGAUCCUGUCCAUCUUAGACCAGUUGCAGCUGAGCCCGCAGCCAGCGGUAGCUGUUCUUCCUCUGGGCACUGGGAAUGACCUGGCCAGGACUCUGAACUGGGGUGGGGGGUACACGGAUGAGCCCGUUUCCAAGAUCCUCUCUCAUGUGGAAGAUGGAAAUAUUGUCCAGCUUGAUCGCUGGAACUUGAUUGUGGAACCAAAUGUACAAGCAAAUCCAGAAGACAAAGAUGAAGGAGCAACAGAUAAGCUUCCCCUUGAUGUCUUCAAUAACUACUUCAGCCUUGGUUUUGAUGCACAUGUAACUCUGGAGUUUCAUGAAUCUCGAGAGGCCAAUCCCGAGAGAUUUAACAGCCGAUUUAGAAACAAGAUGUUUUAUGCCGGGACAGCCUUUUCAGACUUUUUAAUGGGCAGCUCCAAAGAUUUAGCAAAGCACAUCAAAGUUGUGUGUGAUGGUACUGAUCUCACAUCAAAGAUUCAGGAUCUAAAGCUGCAAUGUAUAGUGUUCCUUAACAUUCCCAGGUACUGUGCAGGCACGAUGCCCUGGGGUAACCCCAGCGAACACCACGAUUUUGAACCCCAGCGCCAUGACGACGGCUGCAUCGAGGUCAUCGGCUUCACCAUGACAUCCCUGGCAGCUUUACAGGUGGGAGGUCACGGGGAGAGACUGAACCAGUGUCGAGAGGUGACCCUGACCACCUACAAGUCCAUCCCCAUGCAGGUGGACGGGGAGCCCUGCAAACUGGCCCCUUCCAUCAUCAGGAUCUCCCUGAGGAACCAGGCCAAUAUGGUGCAGAAGACCAAGCGUAGGACCUCCAUCCCCCUGCUGAAUGACCAGCAGCCCAUCCCUGAGAGGUUACGGAUCCGUGUGAAUCGCAUCAGCAUGCAUGACUAUGAAGCCUUACAUUACGAUAAAGAAAAGCUGAAAGAGGCCUCGAUCCCAUUGGGUCUCAUUGUUGUCCCCGGCGACAGUGACCUGGAAACGUGUCGUUCUCACAUUGAGAGGUUGCAAGAGGAUUUCAUCUCCUUUCACCCAUCUUUCCAGAGGCUGGUCCUACAGGAAGGUGAUGGCACAAAAUCAAAGACUCUGUCCUCCCAGAAGCUCUCCCCAAAGUGGUGUUUCUUGGACUCCACAACAGCGGAUCGCUUUUACAGAAUAGAUCGUGCCCAGGAGCAUUUGAAUUAUGUGACUGAGAUUUCCCAAGAUGAGCUUUUUAUCCUGGACCCCGAGCUGGUUGUCACGGAGACUGUGGGCACCUCUCCUGGGAUGCCAGACCUUGUGGACUCUUCUGGGGAGUUACCCAGCUCUGGAGCAGGGCACUUUGCCUUCCCAUCAUCCUCCUCUUCACCACCCACCUCUCCAGUUCCCAGCCCGACCAGCCCGCAUUCCGACAGCGAGGCCUUGGCUCGGCGAACCAAGAAGUCUCUCUUCUCCUCUCACUCCGGCUUCCCUUUUCCUGUCAAGAAGAGGAUCCUGGAGCUACAGAAGGCCUCGCAGCGGAAACGUAUUUCAAGCGACAGUUCGGUUGCCGAGGCGCUGGCUCAUAGCGAUUCUCUGAGGUCCACAAAGCCACCCCUCAGCAGGGUGGGAGCAAAAAUUGUGAGCGUCCAUCGUUCUAAUACAACUGCGGCGGAUUUCAAACCAUCUGGCAGGUCUGAGCAUUCUGCAGCAUUCAACACUGACCCAGUAUCUGCUGACUCGCUAAUUGAAUGUGUGAAGAGCAAGGAUCUUCAGAAGUUGAAAGAGUUGCACAAGAUGGGUGGAGACUUGACCAUCCAGGACUCAGCUGGGUGGACAUUGCUGCACCAUGCCGUAGAGGCUGGAAGUAAGGAGAUCGUCAGGUACAUCAUCGAUAAUGCUCCAACUGAACUAUUGGAUGUAACGGAGAAAGAGCACGGAGAGACCGUCUUACACAAAGCGGCAUCUCUGUGCCAGAGGACAAUCUGCCACUACCUGGUGGAGGCAGGAGCGUCGCUAAUGAAAACAGACCUGCAGGGUGACACCCCAAAACAUUGCGCAGAGAAAGCCAAGGAUCAAGAACUGGCAGCGUACUUAGAGAACAGACAACAUUACCAGAUGAUCCAGAGGGAGGACCAGGAGACAGCUGUAUGAUUAGCCCAGAAGUGCCAAAUAAUCCUGUACCAAAAAAAUAUAGUUAGCAGAUAAAAACUCAAGGGACUGUCAGGGUCGACCAGAGGCGUCUCUAGUCCUGGCCACAGUUUUCCUGUGAAAAGGGUAAGGCAGUGUGGCUCAUUUGUGCCCCUCUGCCACAGACGUGCUUUUGUCUAAAAGAUAGAAGAGGUGUUAUUGCCUUUCUUAAAGUCCAGGCUUCAUUUUAUUGCUGGCGAACCACAAAAAAAAAUUGUUGUUAAUGAUAGAGCUGGUCUUGGGGGGUGUUCUGUUGUUAAAGAAAAAAACAAUUGUAAAAAAUAAAAUCUGGAUUCCUUUGCUUACACUGCUGUUGAUAAUCGGAAACAAAUGCUCUGGAUUUUGAAGGGUAUUGGCACGUUUUAAUGCAGGGAAAUGCCUUCAAUGUUAAUCUCCUCUCAGGUGAUUUAAAUGUGAUUGAGUUUGCAUUUAAGUAAGAGAGUAAGAGAUCUGGAGAUGGAACAUUUUUGGUAUCUUCAUCAUUUUAUGUGACUGCUACAAAUCCUUUAAUAUUUUGAAUGAUUUUCAAACUUUGUUUACUUAAACUGCAGUGAGUAGUUUUUAUUCUUGUACUGCUAAGUUAGAAGGGAAGGUUUACACUGAAUGCUUCUUUUUUCUGUAAUUUUUAAAGAUUUAAAUUUAACUUUCUUUUUAACAAACGGAUGCUGUUCUGUAGAAAGAAUUGCAAGUUGUAUCUUUUAAUGCUGUACUGUCUUGUAGAAACUCUUCUCCAGCACUCACUUGGCUUCCAAUACAAAAUACUUGGUACUGUAAACUUCUUUAGUAGCUUGAGGUCAAAACAUUUUUGUAGGAAAACAAAUACCUGCUCUGAAUGCCUUGAAACUGUUUUUUUGCUUGUUGUUCAGUUUUCUAAAUGGUGUACUUCAGUCAUGAGAUAUUUCCUAUUACAGUAUGGAGUAAAUAUUUAUAUAAGGAAUAGCUGUAAAAAUAUCUUACUUUUGUGGAUUUGUUUCGUGAUGUUCAGAGUUUGUAUCAUAAAAAUGUACAUUUUAUAUGUUUUUCAGAAUAAAUAGCUAUUAUCUUCUAAUUUACUGUUACAUAUAACCAGGAUAGCUUUAUAGAGACACCUUAUUGUUUACUUCAUUUAAAGGUUGAGAAAGCUUGCUUGGUUUAACAGGGUCUGGGCUUCACAGUUUGAGUUGUUUGAGUUAAUUCUUGCUCAGUUUCUGGGUUCAGAUCUUUUAUUUUUAAAAGGUGGGGUGUUAUUUUCCAAAAUAAUGCUUUUUAUUUCAGUUCUUGUUGCUGUUUUUAUUUUAAAAAUAUUUGUGAACCCUAUUUAUUAUCAAAAUAUUUGUUCUGUGUACAAACUAAGAUUGGCCUUUAAACAUAUUUAAUUAAACAAUUAAAUUUUAAUUUAAUUUAUUGUUGGGUUGGAGUUAAUUAUUAAUUUUCUGGAUUGUUUAUAUUUAAAGUGUCACAGUAAUUAAGAUUCUGCAUCUGAACAUUUACAGCUAAAUGCCUCAGCAGAUUGUAUUUCAGUACUUUUUAAUAUUGUAAUAUUUACAAAAUUCUGUACCUAAAGUAUACAUUUACUGUAGAGUGAGAUUGGGUAAAAAUAUUGAAAGUUUGAUGUAAUUACGAAUUUUAGUUCAAAUUAUUUGUUUGCGUUGAAAAAUGUUAUACAUACGGUAUGUUCAAAUGAAGGUUUCCAUUUACUCAAAAUAUCAUUAUUGUAUGACUGUAUGUAUUAUCUUUUAAUUCCAUUACAGGUGUUUCGAUCUCCUUGAUAUUUUCAGAAGAAAUUAUGCUUUGUUAGUUGCCAGAAUGUUAGGAUUGUGGACUCCCAAUGUGAUUAAAUUACAGGACCAGUGUUAAAGUACUGUACGUUUCAACAUCCAUAUCCACAGACCUAAACUAUUUGAAGGAUGAAAAAAUAAUUAAGAAUCUGUAUUGCUGGCAACAGUUUUUUAACUGGCUGCCAACCAAUUCAGAUUUCGAUGUGAAAGGUAGUCUUUCUUUUAAAGCAAACAUAUGGAACUUUUCUUCAAGCAAGCAAAUGGCAAAGGUCUCGGAAUAUAAUUGCAGCUUUUAUUCAGGACGUUCUUAGGACGUGUUUAAUUGAUUCUUAUAGAUUUAUGGAAGUUGUCAUUUUAACAGCCAUGGCAUUCUGUAAACAUUUAUUGAACCAAUCUUUGUGUAUAUAUGCAUUACUGUAUGCAGGUAUACAGUAGUUGCAUACAAUAUACAGUAUACAGCAUGUGUACAAAUGUAUGCAUUUGUAUACUGUACAUGUGCAUCCAUGCUGGUUCUCUCAAUGUAAAUUGAUUUUUUUCACUUUUUCAGCAGUUGUAUUUACUUGAGUACUAUGAGAAGUAUAAGAUUUAAGAUGCUAAUAGUAUUUGACCGUGAAAUAUAUAUUUAAUUAUUAAAGGUUCUACAAUACCUAGUAAUACCUACUAUGCGAUUAUGUACAUUUUGCAUAGUAUACAAUAUGCUUUCAUAGGUUUUUAAAGUACAGGAUACUGUAGUCUCAACAUCGAUUCUAGCUUCUUUCUUAUUAACAGCAUUGUUAGAGUUGUAAGCUUGACACCACUUUUAUUAAUGUAUAGCCUUUAUUUAAAAUGCUCUGAAAUGGCAUCCACUUAUACUUUUGUGUUUCAUUUGCAGCUUUUAAGGAGUCUAGAUUAUAGUCUUAUUGUUUGGAAGAAGUCAGUUGAAAUAAUGACCUCCCUGUUCUUCAUGGUGAACAGAAGAAAUUCUCUGAAUCCACGCCCUUCGGAUUGGUUUCUGUCUGCGUGAAGAGAAUGCAUUUCAGACAAGAAGAUGCACUUUUUCUGCUUUACAGGCAUGUCAGUGUAUUCAUCCUUAAAUGAAGAUGUCUGAUGCUUUAGGUCCCUGCAGCUUUCUGUUCUCUUCCUGUGGGCCACAGCAGGAAGAAAAAAGUAAUUUUGUUUCUUCAAACAUAAGGGGAAAUAGGUGAAUCUCACCAAAUAUUUUGUGGCUUAGUUUUGCUUAGUUGCUUAGACUACACGGCGAUUUUGGACUUUUGAAAUCAUUGUAUUCAGGGAAUGGAUAGUUCAACACAUCUUUAAAUUUUCACAUUAAUUUUGACCUGGUAUUGCAUUAAUGUAUAUAUGCAAUGAUGUCAUGAUAUUCACAGGAUGUGUGAUCCAGUUAAGAAGGAAAAUGCGUCUGGAACAAGCUACCCAGUCAUGUUGUUUAAGUCAGUUCUUUCAAGAAACAUCUGGAUGCGUUCAUCCAAUCAUUUAGUUUAUAUCCUUUCUCAUGUUCUAAAAUUGCUCUCAGUGAGUUAAAAGAUUACAUCGUUUGAUAUCUUCCAAGUACAAUUCCUACCUGAACAUCAUUUGCAGAGAUUUAUAAAACAUACAUUCAAGGUAAACACUGAAUAGUUAGUUUUCCUAGAGGAGAGGAAAAUGGAGAUUCUUUGACACUGCUUUAUAUGUCAAUAUAUGUCAAUGCCCUGUGUCAAUAAACUCAAGGUUUGUAAAGCACUUGAGAUAUCUUUAAUGAUAAAAAAAACUAACUUUUAA